AUGGCACCCUCCCAUCGAUACAAUACUCGGUCACGAGCACGCGAACAAUCACGGAUUGCUGAACAAGAACCACUCCAAGAAGCUUCCGACGAGACUGAUCCAAGCCAGAAUGAAGGCCCAUCUGAGGCGGUCCCGACGACUGUCGAAGAAGGGUCCGAGUCUGAUGAAAGCGACGACGAAAUGGACGAAGAUGAGGUCGACAGCGAUACAGAAGAUAAGAUCGACAGCGAUGCAGAAGAUGAGGACAGCGACCAGGUCGACUUUGUCAUCGAAUCGAGCAACGGUCGUUUCAAGACUUGCCAAACUACUGCAAGUCAAGACGACGACAUGUGGGCAGUUGCGAAUGGUUUGAUCGCAAGCAUAAAAAUGCCAAAAGCAGACGACGUCCUCAACGACUACGUGAUCAACGUAAAUGGACACUACGUCGAGGACGGGGACGAGCCACCGCAUGGGUGUGACCCGGGGCGAAUGGAAGAGGGGAGUAUCGGGCACUGGAUUGCUGACGGAGCGGGCGGUAUCUAUAUCACGCUUCUUGAGCACGAGAAGGAAGACGAGGAUGAGUAA